AUGGGUAUCCUUAUUUCCUUGUAUCCUUGUUUCAUUUUCUAACGGAAUUUUUCCCAGCAUUUCGCACCGAUGUGAAAACGUUUGAUUUUGUUAUUAGUAUCGUCACAGCUUGAUGCAAUGACAAACAUUACUAAAAAUGCUCGCAUCACGGAUCAAAUAAUGGAUUACUACAUGCGCUACGGCCAGAAUCGAGACCUAGAGAAAUUUCUUCGAUUGCGCGCGAGCACAACACGCUCAUCAAGUGAUGGCAGUUUGCCAGCGUUCGACGAGUUGGAUCGCCGGACAAAGCUGACCGAGAAAUUAGGCAAAUCAAUGGAAAAUUUGUCUACCCUUAGAAACGAUGAACAGGAGCGUAGCAAAUCGCAAGAACGACUAAACGCUUCCGGUGGUAGUGCCAAAUCGGGUCACAGUGCCAAGGAUAAGAGUUCCGAAAAAGAGCAAAAGGACGAUAAACAACAACAGGCGAUCCAAUCGGGGAUGGUGGUCAAGGAAACCAAAUGUGAGAGAAAGUCUGGACGGAAUUUUAACUUCAAUUUGGAGUCAGUGAUCGAGAUAAAGCUACCAUCACCACAGCCAAUACUGCAAGCUCAUGUUGGCUCGCCUACGCAAGGUUUCUCAGCCCCAGACCGUGGUCCCGUCAUACAUGAAAUAAGCACAGCAGGCACACAAACUAUCCCAGAAGCGCGCUCAGUCGAGCAGCAAACGGAAGAACCCAUCAGACCGAUUCUGAAGCCAACCACAGCGCCAGCUGCGCUGAAUCCGGAAGAAACUAUCAAUACCACGAGGGACAUUUCCCCCGUGAGUAGCAUUACAUCUAACCGACAGAAGCUGGAAUGGGACUCUUUGGGAGACGUCGGGUACGAUUCGAACGAGAAGUUCUAUUUCUGCAAUGCUGCAGAUUUGAACGAAACGGAAAAGCGUUGUCUGCAGAAGUAUUUUGCCAAAAAAGGGAUGGAUUUCCACGAAGAAAUUGUGGUGGUCAAAAAUGUACAACAAAAAACUCCAAAGAAACGAGAUGAGCCAUCGAAGCCAUCGCAGAUAGAAACCGGGGCGAAGCAAAAAUGGCAAUCAGUAUUUAAAAAAUACAAGGAAAAAUACCCGGAUCCAUCGGACAUAUCGUUGAGUUUGAUGAAGCCAGAUGCUCAGAGUACUCCCAAACCGAUGGCGAUGCAGAAUAUUGUUCAAAGGCCAGUAAAGUCUACCCAAACCAGUCUGGUGAAGAUUUUGUCCAAGUCGAUCCAAGCGGUGCAGGUUGAAACGUCCGAUAAACUGAUUGGGACCGAAACGAUCCAACCUUCACGCUCCAUUUCGCCAUGUACAAAUAAAACAACCUCGGCAAUGGAGGCCACCUCCAAUUACGGCGAAGUAGCAGCAAGUUUCGAAUUCUUUAGCUCCCCACCAAGUGCCAACGGAAGUGACCCACGUGUACAUCAGUCUUCUGGCGAGUCUACAGUGAAAACUUCGCCGGAACUGACAACGACUUCCUCAUCGGCAGUGUCUUCAUUAUCCUCGGGAAGGCAACAGUUGUCCGCGUCUCGAACUCGGGGCAAACGUGUGGGGUAUUGCUUCGAGGAAGAGUUACGACUCGGCAUGACACUGUGCAACACGAUAUGCGAAUCGCGAAGUUUGCCCGGCCGCGUGAAGCAAAGUUUGGUCGAUAAAAUUUUCAGCAAAAUGGUAAAGAAUGAUCCGAAAGGAAGGACGAAGGAGGAGUUGUUGAAGGAUUGCGAACGGUGGAAACGGCGAGGCAAUGGAAAGAGUGGUGUGAGCGGAGCAGGUGAAAUGAAUGCAGUUGGAAAGGAUGAAGGCUCUAUAACGAUAGAAAGCAGUAAGCGAUGUGAAACGGAACAACAAGUAGAGGGCAUCAUAAAUGUCGAUGAAACACCCUCCAGUUUGGGAAAAGAAGUUUUCUCACCGACAGAUGCCAUCUCUCAAAGGCUGGAAGUGCUAAGCAUCAGAAGCAACGAGGGGCGCAAUUCGAAUGGCGAUGCGAAAUCAACAACGCAUCGAAAGCAAUCAACGUCAACCUCGUCUCAACAAACCAUAUCAUCUCGAAACGGUUCAUUACACACUGACGCUCAACAUUCAAAACGAACAUCGUCUUCCUCCCAGGAAAGAUCGGCAACUUCUUCGAUCCAUGAGAGUGACAAGCGAAUACAGAAAGCUAUGAACGAUUAUCUGAAGCCGAUGACCCACUCCGAGGUCGACUACGCGAAUCAGCAGGAAUUGAAGCGAAGCUUGGAGCAAGCGAAGAAACACCGAAAAAUGGUAACCGAGAGAGAAACGGCCAGCGCUCCAACCACAACCACAUCCACCGUCAACGAUCGAAUCAUUCAGCUCAUCCGAAAGGAGAAGAACUCCCAACUGUUGAAGAUUGAUAAAAAGAUCGAACAUUUGAAGUCGAUGAAACUUUUGCUGUUGGAGGAACAAAAAACUAUCAGCGAAACCGAGCGAGACACUCGUACAACGUAUCCCAUGGAUCAGAAAAGUAAGAAGUCGCAGCAUUUCUCAGAGGAAAAGGAAAACUACUACGAAAAUGCCAAUCGGAAAGUGAAAAGUGCAGAAAGCGUUCGUGUGUAUGCUUCAGUCCACGGAGACACAGCAAGUGGGAAAUCGAGAACUGACACAGACUGUUCCGAUGCAACAGAAUCUGCCUGGAAUUCGCACUAUCAUAUGAAAAAAAUGAUCCAGAAUCGUUCGAAGCUGGAAACUCCCACCUCCGAUGAAAGCAUAGCCACUUUUAUCAAUAACCGGAAAAUGAAAUUCAUUGAAGAUUAUGAACGCAACAGGAAACGAAUGUUUGAGGACCAAAAUCACAUCUACACGAGACCCUACAGUGGGAGGCAAAGCAAGCAGAAUCACUAUUCGCGACUGGAUGAGAAGUAUAGCGUGCGAAGAAUUGAAAAACCAAAUCAACAUGACAUGUUCAUAUCAUCCGAUUCCAUAUCACUCCCAGCGGCCAAUACCUUGACCAAUACUACCACUCACCACUACGACAUUAAAUCUUCUAAGUCUAGCUCUGAAAUUCCGUCGAACGCCAAACCUGCUGCCACACAAACCACCGAAUCAAUCCUAAGGACCAGACCAAUUUUCGAAACGAAACCUAAAUGUCAAUCCAGUUCAGUGCAAGCCGCCCCUCCCGUAGCCGUAGGAUGCCAAUGUCCGUGCAACUGUUACUGCCGUCGUCGAAAUCCUGAACCUAUAAAACAUACCGAAAUUGUUAACAGAACGCAGCAAAGGCAGGAUAAGCAGCAGCAAACGAAACCAAACUCCAUUGCUUACGUGAUAACGUUCCAAGGAGACACACACAAAAAGAACCGAGAAUCUCAAAGUUCAUCCGAGAAGGAGCAAGUGUACCGUGCAGGUUCUACCGAUACCAGUGCAUCCGAUAGCAGAGAUGGUCAACGGCAGGUCAUGGGAAAGAAGGCGGCCGAUGACCAGUUCGAUUUACUCCCGCUGGAGGAACAGUUCAGGCGAAGCCGACCGAAUACGCUUUCGAGGCUGAAGGAGCGCCAGAAAUGUGUAAACGAACUGCAUCGUUUACGUUCGGAGAGAAACAAGCAACGGAAGAAACUGUUGCUGCUGACCUCGGAUGAAUCUCUAAGGCGGGGCAGUGCGAAACAGAGUCUUCCCCCUCCUCCACUUGCUCAAAAGCGUAUCUUCUCUUCGAGAGCAAUUCGAGAGAACACACGUCGACAGGUUAGAAAGUUCCCGGAGGUUCUGCGCAAAAAAGAAAUAGAGAAGAUCAAUAAUCUCAAACGGAAAAAUCUCAUCUUACGAGAUAAAUUUAAUCGGAAUUUACAACGCAAAGUUCUACGCGGCCAUGUGGAUCUUUCAAAUAGUGUUCGGCUUAUACAAGAGUGAAAUGUGGGAACUUAAUCCGUUUCAAGCGUAUUUUAUCGAUUUGUACAUGUUUUUAAUUGACGAAAUAUAGUUCAUUAUAGUUCUAAUCCCAGCUUUGCGUGG